GGCAUAAUUCUGUGUGAUUGUUUCGUUCGUAAAAUAGGUUAUCCAUAUAGUUGUAAUUCUUGUAAGGAACAACGAAAAUAAUACGUUUCGACAGAUUUUUCGAAGAAUAUUAUGAUUACUUCAAAAUAAUUCGCAUCCGUGUGACGCAGCUUAAUGUUCUAUUAAUCGAGGAAAACGUGGAUAAUGGCUGAGAAUGUUGUUCAGUGCGACGAUGAGUUCAUACAUUCCAUUAGAACAUUACUCUGGGGCAAUACCGUAAAAGAAGAGGUUUUCAAACGAUGGGCUCAAGGAUUUUAUUUCAGUCCUGACGAACCAACGGCGUUAGUGCAAACAGAAGGUGGCCCCUGCGCUGUGAUAGCUCCAGUUCAGGCGUUCAUUUUAAAGGAAUUGCUAUCUGAAGCUGACAUCUUAACAUGGAAAAACAUAAAUUCAGACGUGUGUUAUCAAUUGCUCGUGCGGGCACUGAUAGAAAUUUUGAAGCAAGCUAUGGGAGAGAAAGUCCCGAAGUUUUACAUCGUGUUUAUGGACUGCGUAUCGUCAAACGAAGAAAGUGUAAGAAACACGAAAUGGGAAAGGAAGGAGACAGAAAUUCAAAACCGUGAAGAAGAAAUAAGCAUAGAGAAUAAUGAAAAGCGAAAGCAAACUAACGAUAUAUUGCUAAUGGAUGUAAACGAGGAAUGCAAAAUACCUGAUUCGGAUGUUUUCCACUCUCAGUUAAGAUUAUUUACAACGAAUACCACUGAGCACCUGGAAGAAUUUUUGCUCGAAAGGACGGAGAUGUUAAAGGAUCACUAUGGUAUUUUACUGUUUCUCUACAGUGUAAUUGUUACGAGAGGCUUCGCUAAAAUUCGUUGUGAAAUGUCGGAUCCUUUAGAAUCAAUGAUUGACCCGACGUAUGGCUACGGAAAUCAGAGUCUCAUAAACUUAAUGCUCACGGGAAGAGCAGUUAGCCAUGUCUGGGACCACGAUCAAGAUGUUGGAGGCCUCAAAUUGCGUGGAAUAGAUAAACAGAAUGCAAUAGGAUUUCUUGCGCUCCUCGAACAUUUAUGUUAUUGCGAGGUAGGAUCGUUUUUAAAAUCUCCGUCUCAUCCUGUUUGGGUGCUGGGAUCGGAAACACACUUGACUGUCUUGUUUUCGACUGAGAAAAGGCUGGUACAUCCUGAAACACCUGCAGAUCAAGCGAAGCGAGUGUUCAGAAAAUUCGACCCAGAAGGAAAUAACUUUGUUCCAGUUAAUUUACUGCAAGAUGUCCUCGCAGAACUUGGACUGGUUACUGAUACAGAAUAUGUGAAUGUGAUGAAGAAGAAAUUGGACAAUGAAAAUUUGGGAAUUAUAUUGCGUGCCAACUUCAUGGAGGAGUUCUUCCCUGAGGAGCCGCGAACUUGUCCGGACACGUUUCCCUUAUUUCAUUAUAACGGUUUGCAACAUAGCAAUACGGAUAAUAAAGUAGUCUAUCAUAAAGGCCAGGCAGUGUUGCUGGAGUGUACUGUCAGAGGUAUUAUGGAAAGUAAUCCUAUGUUAACAGUACUUCAAACAAAGUGGCCCAGAAUCGAAAUUCAGUGGGACGUUGGACAGAAUCCAAGUCUUAAUUAAUUAACUUGUAAAUACCUAGCUCAUGUUUUCUAAUCUUAGCGAUACCGUUCGAUUAUUUUUCUGGGAAGUACGAAACGAAUUUAUAAAACUGUUCAUGGAGUGUUCAAAUUCGAUAAGUUUUGUGCUUCAAGACAUGAGAAAUAAAAAGAAAAUGUCGGGAAUUGGAAUAUAAAUUUAAAUUAAAAAAUUAAUAAUUCAUUACUAAUAUAUACUUUUAGUGAAUUAGGAAAGUGAUGAAAAUAAUAACAAUACGAUAUACGUGCGUGUACAUAUAUUUUAGUAUUAUUUAUAUAUACAUAUAUAAUAUAAAUAAUACCGGAAACUCUUUCCUUCCUUUCAAGAUGUAUGUAGACACUCUGCUUCAGAAAAGAUGUCGCAGCUUUGCAUGGAGAACAUAUGCGACUCGAUGAACUAUUUUUGAGAAGCAAUGAAUUGCUUACGAACAUAAUUACACAGACUUCUAUAAAGGGAAACACUUUAUAGGAGUCUGUGUAAUUACGUUUCGCUUUAUUUAAACGUCUUUAUUUUUAAUCUUGAUACAUCUAUAAAAUUUAGUGUACGAUAGUAAUUACGUGGCAACGUUAAACGUUGCAUAUAACAAAAUUCGAAAUGUAAAAUUUUGAACAUCUUCGGUACUCUCUGAAGCCUUAAUACGAUAUUUGCAUUGUUGCAAGUAUUUAAAUACAUAUUUGAUUAUAUAGCAAAAAUAGUGAUAUAAAAAGUUUAUAAUGAGCAUUCAAAUGUAUAGAACAUUAUUCUCUAAUUCCGAUAUCGAAAAAUCGAACGUCUUAAUUCUUUGAUGUUAAAAUUGAAAGAGAAAUAAAGAAUUUGUGGAGAGGUGAAAGAAACAAGGACAUUUUAUUCAAUAAAUGUGAAUAUUUAAAAUAACUAAAAUGAAAAUAAUAUUAUAUCUUAGGGUGUCUUAGGUAAGGCAUGUACAAAUUUAUGUAAAUCGUAUCUAAAACUGAAUAUGUAGCUACAUCAAAGCCCUGAUCUAGUCAGCACAUCAGCGUUUCAAUAAUCUUUUCUGAUUUUCUCUCUUUUAUUACUGAUUAAAGAAACUAAAAGUU